AUUAUUUUUUUUAAUCGUAACAUUUCUCUAUGCAUUUUUGCAAAAUGCAUGAAAUCCGCAAUGACGUUUCUAAUUUCUUUCGAAAUCGAAACUAUGAAACGGUAUUUUACCAACCAAAACUCCAAGGGAUAUGAUGUACCAGAUGAGUUGGAUGUCAGAGAUCGAUCAGUUGAAGAUACAAGCACUCUAUCUACCACAGCAUCCACAAAAAUACGGAGCUCUUUAUCAUCGUUAGAAGCCUCGGGAAACGAAUCUUGGCCAACCUGGCGUUCUGUCAAUGCAAAAACUGUUGCCAAAACUAUACAUAACCGAACUGAUUCAUAUAAGUUAGCCUUCCCGCUUAAUCGCGAAAACCUUGCUAAACAUAAGGAGAAUACAAUUCCUAACUAUAUUAGAUCGCAAUUGAAAAGUUCUUAUAUUGAAGGAACUAACCUCAAACACCCAGAUCCAAAACCUCGCCAAAAACUACAAACUAAAAAACACGACUCCUUUCCACCAUUUUAUAAGUCACCAGUGGAAUCAAUUUAUGCUCCAAAACGUGCAAAUAAAACCACAGAUACUGUACCUAAGAAAACAAAAUCUGUCUUCUGUAAACAAUCUUCCGUAUCUAAAUCUUUGAAAGAGCUGCUAAACGAUAAUGAGGAAGAGUCAAAGCAAAGAGUUUCCUUUAGUCAGUAUGCCCAACUUAAUGAUAGACUUGAAAGGAUGGAGAAUCUCCUCAACAACGAGAAAAAAUUAUCUGAGGAAUCGAGCGAUUUGAAGAAAAUCAAGAGUGAAAGUAUAAAUGAACAUCCUUCCUUCGUUCACGAUGUCACCUAUCACCCCAUAGCUGAUCAUUUACCUCGCCCUACUCCUGCUCCAAGAGUACGUCGACUACAAAUCCACACAGAAAUACUUCAAUACUUUGUGUUGUACGGAGUCAUAACGGCACUUGGAAUCAUUAUGAUUGCAAUGACUGCAUUUUGGGUGUUCGUGUACCAAGGGGGCUUUUCAGAUCUAAUAAAUCUCCACAUAAUGCUUUCCAUGACGGGUUUCAUCCAAACCACCCAAGGUAUAUUGGUCAUUCGCACCACUAAAUACGUAGCUAAAGAGGACAGCUUGGAUAGUAUUUGGACUGCAAAUAUUUUACACACUAUUCUUCAUUCGAUCGCUUUGGUGGUGGAUAGUAUCAGUAUAGCUAUGGCUUACCUGUCCCGAAGUUAUUCCACACCUCCAGCCAGUAAUAUGUAUACUCUUCAUGCUUGGAUCGGUAUGAUUACCUUUGCCGUCUACAUUUUGAUUUGGUUAUGGAGUUUAUCGUUUUUCUUUCCUCAAUUACAAUUUAUACCAAUGAGAAUCGCUAUAUCUAUUCACGUGGCUCUUGGUAUGACGCUGUUCUUUACGCUUCUUUCCUCUUGUCUUUCUGGCUUUAUGGAAGAGAUCAUGUGGUCUUUAGGAGGAACAUAUUCUAAGUUUCCUCCUGCUGGUGUCUUGGUGAAUAGCAUAGGUGUUUUGAUGAUGGUUUACUGUGGUGUUUUUAUUUACAUUCUCCAGACCGUUAAAGAUUUAUAAGUAUUUAUGGUAUUAUUAGUAGUUGAAAAGAUUGAUUUGUUAAUUGUUACAAUUAUAGUUGAAAUAUAUAUUUCAAAUAAACGUUUCCUUA